AUGGAGGCUCGCCCAAAGACGAUAUACCUCCCAGACACUAUGAUUCACUGGCCCUGGCUUCGUACCGUCAAUUCCCAUCUACAAGAUGUGAAAGCUAAAGUUGAUGCUUCAUUCCGUGAUUUCAAGGCCCUGAGUCCUGAGUCACAAGAAGCAUUCAACAAAUGUGAUUUUGAAUCCGUUCAAAUCGGCUGUGAUUUGAUGAAUUUUCUCUUCCUUGUGGAGGAGUACACCGACUGCGAAAAUGAGGCAGUCACGAAGGAAAGGGUGGACAUCGUGCUCGAUGCUCUACACAAUCCUCCUAAGAUACGACCAGAAGGCGAAUGCAUUCUCAGCGAGGUCGCGCGAUUAUUUUGGGUCCAUGCAAUCCAAUUCGCAAGCCUGCCUUCUCAACGUCACUUCCUUGAAACCUUCGAUGAAUAUAUUCAUGGAGUAGUUGUCGAGGCUCUUGACCGUGAACAAGGCUGUAAGCGCGGUAUUGAUGACUACCUGAAGCUCCGACAGAAAACUGUGGGCGUAAAACCCUGUUUCCUAAUCUAUGAAAUGGGAAUGGACUUCCCUGAUGAAGUGUUCUACCAUCCCGUCAUCACGGAUCUUGCUGAUUGUAUCACAGAGUUGACAAUCAUUGACAAUGACAUGAUGUCGUACAACAAGGAGCAAGCGGCUGGGAACGAAUUUCAUAAUUUGAUUAGUAUUGUCAUGUCGGAAUUGGAUUUCGACAUAGGCAGUGCGAUGGCUUGGGCAGCACAUUAUCACGCUGAAGUUCAGAAACGAUUUAUUGACGGUCUUGCGAAGGUUCCAUCGUGGGGGCCUUCUGUCGACGUCCUGGUCAAGGAGUACCUUGACGGAAUAGCAAACUGGGCUCGAGCAAACCAUUCUUGGAGCUACGAGAGUCAAAGGUACUUUUCCACCAAGGGUCUGGAAAUACAACAGACUAGGCGUAUCCCGUUAUUGCCAAAGGCCAAUGCCCCACGCACACAUCUAUUCCUAUCUGCAGGAGACACAUGCCUGUGCCGACUAAACGUUGUGAUGGUCUUGUAG